CGCUAAACGGCUGAGAUCCAAAUUUUGGAUUAAACGAAUCAUUAGAAGCCACGUCUUCUCUCUCUCUAUCUUUCCCACUUGACGAAUCUGAGAACGAAUCAAACCGAUUCCGAGUCAUCGAGAAAUGGACCGGUUCAAGGAUCGAAGACGGCCAAUUUACGACGGCGAAGAGUCUCCGCCACCUGAUGGCCUGGGGGAGGAAGAUGGAGGAGGAACUCCGGGACCUUUCGCGGGAGGUAAAAUAAGGAGGAAAGCCUCUCGUUAUAGAGAGCACCGUGGCGAUUAUCUCCACGUCUCCUCUCGUCCUGAGUUAAUGAAGAUUCUCGAGAAACAAGGUGACACGUCGAUACGGUUCGCUGAUAAGGUAUUGAAGUUCACAGGAUCAGGGAAGAUGAAGAGGCGAAUCUUUAUCCUAACGGACUUUGCAAUAUACCUGAUUGAUCCUGAGACGGAAGCUAUGACACGGAGGAUAGGUUUGGCAGCGGUGGAGAAGGUGUGUUUGAGCAAGUUGAGCGAUAACUUCUUCGCUGUCAUUAUCCCCACUGAGUAUGAUCUGCUCAUGGCCAGCACUCGCAAGACUGAACUUGUUCAGGUCAUGGUCGAUGUUACUAAAAGUGCUUCUGACUAUGAACUCGAAGUUCUUCUCUCCAACAGGUUUGAGUACAAUGCUUCUGCUUCGUUAGUUAAGGAAGUUUCUUUUGAGGAAGCUGAAGGGGGUAUCAAGACCAGGUUUAAGUGGAAGUGACUGCGUCUCAAUUUUCCUCGCUGUUACAUAAACUUUGGAGGGAGCACUCUAGAAAUGUGAAUGGAUUCUUUCGUUUUGGCUACUAAAAGCUCAAGUCAGGGCGGUAAUGUUGUUUAUUAUAUUCUGUUUCAUCUUGUUUUUUCCUCAGACACGAAUUGUGUAACCCUUUUUUUAUAUUGACAAAAGUGUAUUUUCUACAAAAUUUAUGUAUGAAUUGAGUUCCUUAUCUGGUCUUGCUAGAAAGUGACAGAUUAUUGACAUCAUAGACUGAACUCAAAUAUUUAAACUCUUUUCUGAAUCGUCAAAUGCAUAAAAAGAAAGAUGAAUAAUCUUUCUCACAAUAUAUACGGCGAUCCUGAUACUCUUCCGAUUGGAGUUGACAUCUUUAUCCGUGGCUAGAUAGGUAUGAU